GGGGCCCGUGUCUGGCUGAGACACAAAGACCAGCUCCACCCCUCCACCAUCAGCUCCUGUGAUGAUUCGUCCCUGGCCCUUACCACCGACUAUGGGAAGGUGAUCUACCUGCAGAGGGCAGAGCUGAGCAGGGAGAUGGUGUACCCGAUGCACCCUAGCAGCAUCAAUGGCGUAGAGGACAUGUCCACGCUGGCAGAGCUGCAUGAAGCCGCCAUCAUGCACAACCUCUUCAUGCGCUAUCAGAGAGACAACAUCUAUACCAACAUAGGUUCCAUUCUGGCUGCAGUAAAUCCCUACAAGCAGAUAGCAGGCCUGUAUGACAGCACUGCAGUCGAACUGUACGGCAAACACCAGAUGGGGGAGCUGCCUCCUCAUAUUUUCGCCGUGGCCAAUGAAUGUUACCGCUGCCUGUGGAAGAGACACGACAGCCAGUGUGUUCUCAUCAGUGGUGAGAGUGGUGCGGGGAAGACAGAGAGCACCAAGCUGCUGCUGAAGUUUCUCUCUGUGAUGAGUCAAAACUCAGCAAGUACUCCUCUGUCUGAGAGAAGCACCCGGGUGGAGCAGGCACUUGUUCAGAGCAGUCCCAUCAUGGAAGCCUUUGGCAAUGCUAAAACCGUGUACAACAACAACUCCAGUCGCUUUGGCAAGUUUAUCCAGCUCCACUUUUCCCAGAACGGAAACAUCCAAGGAGGCUGCAUCAUUGACUAUUUGCUCGAAAAAAACCGCGUUGUUCGACAGAAUCCCGGAGAAAGAAACUACCACAUCUUCUACGCUCUGUUAGCAGGGGCUGACAAAGAUCACCAAGAUAUGUACCUCCUGUCUGAGGGUCCUGAGUCAUAUCAUUACCUGAGCCAGUCAGGCUGCGUUCAGGACAGAAGCCUUGAUGACAAGCAGCUCUUCAACAGUGUGAUGGAGGCCCUGAAAGUGAUGGAAUUCACUGAGGAGGAGAUCAGAGACGUGUUCAAGCUGCUCUCUGCUGUCCUCCUGAUGGGAAACAUUGAGUUCAUGACUGCUGGCGGUGCUCAGAUUACUUCCAAAGGAGUUGUCAGUAAUGUCAGCGAGCUGCUUGGCCUGGACUCCUUCCAGCUUUCAGAAGUGUUGACCCAGCGCUCCAUGAUCCUCAGAGGGGAGGAGAUCUGCUCGCCUCUCACUGUGGAGCAGGCUGUGGACUCGCGGGACUCGGUUGCCAUGGCGCUCUAUUCUCAGUGUUUCUCCUGGAUCAUAAUGAGGAUCAACCAGAAGAUCAAAGGCAAAGACAACUUCAAGUCCAUCGGCAUCUUGGACAUCUUUGGCUUUGAGAACUUUGAGGUGAACCGCUUCGAACAGUUUAAUAUCAACUACGCCAACGAAAAACUCCAGGAGUAUUUCAACAAGCACAUCUUCUCUCUGGAGCAGCUGGAGUACAACAGGGAGGGGAUCCAGUGGGAGGCCAUAGACUGGAUGGAUAAUGCUGAGUGUCUGGAUCUCAUAGAAAAGAAACUGGGCAUGUUGGCUCUUAUCAAUGAGGAGAGUCGCUUCCCCAAAGGCACCGACUACACCCUUUUGGAGAAACUGCACAGCCGACAUGCAACUAAUCAGUACUACGUGAAGCCCAGAGUCAACGAUCACCAGUUUGGCAUCAAGCACUACGCUGGAGAGGUGCUUUAUGAUGUGCGAGGGAUCCUUGAGAAGAACAGAGACACCUUCAGAGACGACAUCUUGUUUAUUCUCAAAGACAGCAGGCUGGACUUCAUCUACGACCUCUUUGAGCGUGUCGGUAGCAGAAAUGGCGACGAGACCUUAAAGAUGGGAACAGCCCGACGCAAGCCCACCGUCAGCUCUCAGUUCAGGGAUUCUCUUCAUUCACUGAUGGCCACACUAAGUGCCUCCAACCCCUUUUUUGUGCGCUGCAUCAAACCAAACAUGGACAAGAAGGCCAACCGGUUUGAUCCUGAUGUGGUCCUGAACCAGCUGAGAUACUCUGGGAUGCUGGAAACUGUGAAGAUCCGCAGGGCUGGAUUCCCUGUCCGCAGAACAUUUAAGGACUUCUUCAGCAGGUACAAGAUGAUCGUGAAGAACAAAAUCCACACAGAUGAUGAGAAACAGAGCAGCUCGGAGCUUCUCACACUUCAUGACAAAGCCAAGAAAGAGUGGCAACUGGGGAAAACAAAGGUGUUCCUGAAGGAGGUCCUGGAGCAAAGGCUGGAGAAGGAGAGGGAAGAGGUGCGGCGCCGGGCUGGCAUGGUGAUCCGCGCCCACAUCCUCAGCUAUGUGGCAAGGAAACAGUACAAGAGGGUUCUGUCCAGCGUCGUCACCAUCCAGAAGAACUACCGCGCUCACUUUUGGAGGCGCGUCUUCCUGCGCCUGCGCGUCGCCACCGUCAUCCUGCAGAAACACCACAGGGGGCAGCGGGCCCGAUCCGUCUUUCUCCAACUCAAGGAGGAGAAACGAAGGCAGGAGAAGGAGGAGGAGGAGAGGAGGAGGAGAGAGGAGGAGGAGGAGAGGAGGCGAGUAGAGGAGGAGAGGAGGCGACGGGAGGAAGAGGAGAAGAGGAGGAAGGAGGAGGAGGAGGAGAGACAGCGGCUAAUGGAGGCGGAGAUAAGGAGGAGGGAGGAGGAGCUGAGGCUGAUGAAGGAGGAGGAGGAAAAGAAGAAAAUGGCGGCUAAGGCAGACGAGAAAAGGAGCUCGCUGGUAAAUGGUGUUUGUCAAAAGAAGGAGCUGUCUCAGACUCUCUCCCACAGUCACACCUCUGAGGAGGAAAGCCGUCAGAUGGAGGAGAUCCUGCGUCUGGAGAGGGAGAUCGAGCGUCUGCAGAAGCAGCAGGAGGACGGCGUUUCCCUCCUCGGAGAUGUCUCCCGCGAGGAGCUCCGCCAAAUGAGGGACGCAGAGAUCUACAGGCUGGAGAAAGAAGCCUCCCGCGUGGCUACUGAGUUCCUGGAUCUCCUGGACUUUGGCGGUUUGGAGCCGUCCCUCUCGAGCGAAGAGAACCUCCACGACCCGACGGAAUCCACCGCCCCGCUGGCCGAGGAGGAGGUCGACGAGGGUUUCCACGCUGACGAAGAGUGCAUACCUUUGCCGGACUUCCCUUCUCCUGCUGUGGUUCCCCUGGAUAAAGAUGUAUUCCAAAGUAUCCCCCCACCUCCUCCUGCUUUUGCAGAAGGACAAGUAGUACCUCCCACCUCGGCCUCCUCACCUGCAACUACUGCACUCUCUCCUCUGACCCCCAACGGGCUGAGCGAUGCCUCUCCUCUCGCUGACUCCAGAACAUCCAGACCUCCACUUCUUUCUGUAGUCACCAACGGAGAACGGAGGAGGACGGGCAGGGGGUCAGACUUUGAGCCCGCAGGCGAGGAACUGACCCAGACGGACGCGCCUGACGCAGAGUCGGACUAUGACCAGGAAGAGUUUGACGAGGCUCAUGGGAGCUCAGGUGCUAGCACUAAUGAUGGCCAUAUCACGGAUGAGGAGGUGCUGCGAAAAUCCUCCUGCACCCAAAACAGCCUAGACUCCUUCAGAGGCAGCUCAGACUCGUUCAUUGACAGCGAUGAGGAAAACGAUGGCUACGUGGACACAGAUGAGGAAGUUUCCAAUGGGAGAGUGCAUCUGCUGAAUGGCAGCGGGCCUCCAUACUUCCACGGCUACCUAUACAUGAAGAGCGGUCUGAUGAUUCCGUGGCGUCGUCGCUGGUGCGUCCUCAAGGAUGAGACGUUCAUGUGGUUUAGGGCCAAACAGGACUCCGUCAAAUCUGGCUGGCUUUACAAGAAGGGAGGGGGUAUGUCCACUUUGUCCAGGCGCAACUGGAAGAUGCGCUGGUUUGUCCUGCGCGAGUCGAAGCUCAUGUACUUUGAAAACGACAGCGAAGAGAAGCUUAAAGGAACCAUCGAUAUCCGGGUGGCCAAGGACAUAGUGGACAAUCAUGAAAAGGAGAAUGCACUUAACAUAGUGACAGAGGAGAGGACGUACCACAUCUAUGCAGAGUCUCCAGAAGAUGCCAGUGGUUGGUUCAAUGUGCUGAGUCGGGUCCACAGCGCCAGCCCGGAGCAGCUCGUGGAGAUGCACCAUGAACAGGCCAACCCAAAGAAUGCCGUGGGCACGCUAGAUGUGGGCUUGAUUGAUUCAGUUUGUGCAUCAGACAACCCAGACAGACCCAACUCGUUUGUGAUCAUCACGGCUAACCGGGUGAUCCACUGCAACACAGACACACCCGAGGAGAUGCACCACUGGAUCGGCUUGCUCCAGAAAUCUAAAGGAGACUCUAAGGUGGACGGACAGGAGUUCAUAGUCAGAGGCUGGCUGCAUAAAGAGAUGAAGUCUGGGGCCAAAAGCUCGUCUCUAAAGCUGAAGAAGCGCUGGUUUGUCCUCACCACUAACUCUUUGGACUAUUACAAGUCAUCUGAACGUACUGCCUCCAAACUGGGAACUCUCGUCCUCAAUAGUCUCUGCUCUGUGGUGCAGCCGGACGAGAAGGUCUUCAAGGACACUGGUUACUGGAAUAUAAUCAUCCAUGGACGUAAACACUCUUACCGUCUCUACACCAAAAUGCUGAAUGAAGCGAUGCGAUGGGCGAACGCCAUACAGGGAGCAAUAGACAGCAAAGUUCCCAUUGAAACCCCAACACAACAACUCAUCAGGGAUAUCAAGGAGAGCAGUUUGAAUGUGGAGGCUGUGGAGCAGACGUACUGGAGGAACCCCAUCCUGAGAUAUACCCAGCAUCCUUUGCACUCUCCUCUUCUACCUCUUCCCUAUGGAGAUGUCAGCCUCUACUUGCAAAAAGAAAAGGGUUAUACCAGCCUGCAGGACGAGGCUGUGAAGAUUUUCAACUCGCUGCAGGAGAUGGAGGCUGUAUCGGACCCCGUGCCAAUCAUCCAGGGAAUCCUGCAGACCUGCCAAGACCUGAGGCCUUUAAGAGACGAGGUUUACUGCCAGCUGAUCAAACAAACCAAUCAUGUCCCUCACCCCAACAGUCCUGCCAAUCGCGCCCACUGGCACCUCCUGACCUGUAUGAGCUGCACCUUCCUGCCCAGCCGAGGCAUCCUACGCUACCUCAAGUUUCACCUCAAAAGGAUCAGGGAGCUGUUCCCCUGUACUGAGAUCGAAAUGUUUGCCCAUUUCGUCGGCGAGUCUCUAAAGAAGACCAAGACCAGAGAGUUUGUUCCCUCCCAGGAGGAAAUCAUGGCGCUGCUCUCCAGGCAUGAAAUGACCACCACAGUUUACUGUCACGGAGGAGGCUCUUGCAAGAUUUCAAUUAACUCACACACUACUGCUGGAGAGGUGGUGGAGAAGCUGAUCAGAGGUUUGGCUAUGGAGGACAGCAGGAACAUGUUUGCACUAUUUGAACACAACAAAAACAUUGACAGAGCCGUGGAAAGCAGGGUGAUAGUGGCUGAUGUUUUGGCUAAGUUUGAAAGGUAA